AUGUUCCGCUGGUACAAUCGGUCAUGGAUCUGUUUCGCCUACCUCUCCGAUAUGGACGAUUUGGCUAGCUCGACCACAUCCCUGGAAAGCUUGGGUGAUUCCCGCUGGUUCACCCGGGGUUGGACUUUGCAAGAGCUGCUGGCGCCAAAGGUCGUCACUUUCUACAAUGCGUCCUGGCAGCUACUUGGUUCAAAGGAGACUUUGUCCCCCUUCUUAUCGUCCAUCACAGGCAUCGACGAGGCCAUCCUUAUUGGCAAGGCUCCUCUGCGCAAGGUCCCCGUCGCAACUCGCAUGUCUUGGGCCUCGAAACGCCAGACUACUCGAACCGAAGACUCUGCCUAUUGCCUACUAGGUGUUUUUGAUAUUAAUAUGCCUCUGCUGUACGGCGAAGGCGAGAAAGCCUUUGCACGGCUGCAGUCUGAGAUUUUGCAAGAAACAAACGACCUGUCUAUACUCGCCUGGACCUCAACAGUUACGGACCCCGAACGACGAGAAGAGUACAGCGGGCUUCUUGCGAAGUCACCGGUCGAAGUUGGACCUGUUCAAGAAUCCAAGGAUAUCUGA